CCUGCCUGGCCGCGCGUCUGCGACCAGGUGAACCAAUGAAAGAAGAAAAUGAAAGGCAUUAAGAAAAGUCUUACAGAAGAAUAUCUGUACCUGGACUUUUCUCACCAAAUAGAAGGAUGCAUUUUUCCACUUCAUACAUCUGUAACUUUAUUUUUGUUAUCAUACUGUGACUGCAAAAUCUUUAAAGUUUACUUAGUACUCACAAGAGAAAGUACAGAUGUUUCACUACUUAAAAAUGUACUGUCACAGGAUGUCGAAGUACAGAUUAUUUCAAAGCAAGAGCUUCCACCGAUAGUCCAGAAUUGCUGCUUGCCUGCAGUGGUAGAAAGACCAGACAAUUUCUGUAGAGCAGGACUUGCUGUUGUGCUGAGACACAUAAUCCAGAAAUCAUAUGAAGCAGACCCCUCGAAGAAGGAAGUUUUGGAACUUCUGGGUUUUAAAAAGACUUGCUUGAAAGCCUGUGCUGAGGUUAGUCAGUGGACCAGGCUUUGUGAACUCACCAUCCCGUUAGCAAUUGAGAAUUUUCUCAAAGAAUCCUCCGACCGGCGCCCCAGCAUCCCCGCAGAAAUACUGCAGCUGGAGCAGAAGCUCAGCGAGCCCGUCAGAGUGCACAACGAUGACAAGCUCCGGCGGCAGAAGCUGAAGCAGCAGAAGGCUGCCGGAGUGGGGCCUUCCGCUGUCAAGGGAAAAACGAAGAGCAAGGCCCAGAGACAGGACACAUCUGAUGAGUUGGCCCCUUCGUCCGAGAGCCUGGAACUGAAAGUGGCAUUCUCAAAGCUCACCGUACAGGAAGGACCAGCUGCCACCCCCAGGGAACCGGCCCACAUAAGAAAAGCAAAGGCCUCCGACCUUCCCCCUCUGGAGCAUGUGUUUGCGGAAGGCCUUUACUUCACUCUGACAGACAUCGUGCUCUUGCCCUGUGUCCAUCACUUUUUGUUAAUUAUCUGCAAGAAACUUUCUGAAAAGCUGAGAGAAUUUCCACUGCUGGCCUCGUGGUACCAGAGGAUUCAGGAGGUGCCAAGAGUGAAAACAGCCGCUUCUCAGUGUGGGAUCCAGUUUUGCCAUUUACCAGAGUUGCUGACCACAUCAAAUGAGCAGCAUCCAAACUUAAAUGAAGCCCCAGGUGCAGAGGAACAAAACGAUCCUUCAUUUAUAGGAGGCCCAAGGCCCACGAUGACCAAGUUAAUGGAAAAAGGCAUUGAAGUGAUGUUUUCUCCUCACCCUUGUCCUACUUGGACCAUUGAUUGGAGUAGUCUUCCUGCAGCAGUGAGCCCAAAGGAAGGUAAAAUGUCCAGUGAUCGAGCGUUGAGGAAGCAGCAACAGUUAAACAACCUUGUGUAUGUGGUGACAAAUCAGGCCAAACCUGGUGAUAGAAUUGUGGAUUUCUGCAGCGGUGGGGGUCACCUUGGGAUUAUGCUCGCUCAUAUGCUGCCAUUAUGCCAGGUUACAUUAAUAGAAAACAAGGAAUUAUCAUUAAUCCGUGCUAAGAAGAGAAGUGAUGAGCUAGGUCUAAGCAACAUUUGGUUUAUUCAAGCAAAUAUGGAGUAUUUUACAGGAAUGUUUAAUAUUGGGGUGGCACUGCAUGCCUGUGGCGUGGCAACAGACAUGGUGAUUGAGCACUGCAUCCAAACACGGGCUGCCUUCGUCACGUGCCCUUGCUGUUACGGUUUCAUUCAGAAUACCUCCAAGUUUAAUUUUCCAAAAAGUGAACAAUUUAAGAAAACUUUAUCAUACAAGGAACACAUGAUCCUGUGCCGAUUUGCAGAUCAGACAGCUGUCCAGCUUCCACCCCAACGAAGGCUCGUAGGAAAGCAGUGCAUGUGCCUGGUGGAUCUGGACCGAGCAAGAGCUGCAGAAGAGCGUGGCUACUCCGUUCAAGUGAUAUCCAUGGAGCCGGAGAGCUGCUCUCCCAAAAAUAACAUGAUCGUUGGCGUCCCCAUUUAGAAUGAGAUAUUCCCAUUUGAUGUUUUGCCAUUUGUCUUCAUGAUGAAAGCCCAGUGGCAUUCAGGAGGUUCUUGGCACAAGUAGGAAACAGCAUUAGCCAUCUUGAACCUAUUGUGCUCAGGAAGGAAAGCAGCAGGGAAAUCUUUGAAGGAAGGCGGCCUGCAGAGCAUCGCAAAUGCUUUUAUAAUGUGUGAUUAAAAGCCACUGGUUUUCAUAGUGAGAAUGCGCUGAAGUCCCGGCUGCCAGCAGAAUAAUACUCUCGAGUUGAGGUUCCAUCGCUGGAAUAACAAUUUCCUUCUCAGUUCACAGCUUUUCUGAUCUGGCUAAUGUGGUGUUCAGUUCAAAACAAUGCACGUGUAGCCUUUAUAAUCACGUAGAUACCCCAGUGGAGGCCAAAAUUCGACUCAGUGGGGUUUGUGUGUUUGCUUUAUAUGUCUAACAAUAGUACUUUUUCUAUCAUUUUUUAAAAAAUCUAGUCAGGUAAUUACAGAAUGAUUAAACUUUUAAGCUGGGGUGAGUUGGAUUUAUACCUUAUUUCAUAUACUCAAUUUAAAUAUACUUCCCAUAAAUCACCUAAUGAAAUCAUCUCUGGUUCAAACAUUUUAUAUGAAGACAUUAUAAUAUAAUUGUAGUAUAUUUUCCAUUAUGGGCAUAUGUAAUUUGGACAUAAAUUCUAACUAAUCAGUAAAUACAUUAAUUAAUUAUUGAAGAUCCAUUAUUUUCAAGACUCUGAAAAAGAUUACUGAAUUAAGUUCUUUAUAUCAUAAUGGUCACAGAAUUUGUUUUUCAGAUAUCGGUCAUAUUUGAGGGAUAUAACUUAUUGAGUAUAAGUCAAAGGUGGGAGAAGUUUACAUAUAUAAGCUUAUUUGAAUAGUUCUCUCUACCCAAAUUCUUAUUCCACCAGCCAAAGUUUUUAAGGACAGAUGGCAUGUCCUUUCACAGUCUGCUUUUUUUCUUGUUGUUACAUAUCCUAAGCUAUUCCAUUUUAGAAAAGAUUUAAUUCAUUAUUGUUGAUGGUUUCAACUCUGUAUGACAUACCGUGAGGAGAAAGGUCUUUAGUAAAUAACCCUUUUAUCACUAUGGGUUAAAAUUAAAGGAAAAAUUUAUGGGAGUGGGGGGUGUACUCUUGUUCCCUGGGCUGGAAUUUGAGAAAAGAAUUAAUCAUC